AUGACGGUCAAUCACCCUCGGUCUGGGGCUCCAUGCAAGAUCUUACCUCGUGGGGCAUCAAUGAUCAUGAGGAAACCCCCAGAGCGGGCCUUCUGUGACCUGUCCUCUCCGGGGCAGGAGGGCAUCAGGGUGGUCCAGCUCUACCUGAUGCCGGCCUUCUUCCUGGGGGUGUUGAUACUGGGUCUGCCCCUCAACCUGCUCUCUCUCUGGAUCUUCUUCCAACGCCUGAAACGCUGGUCCAGGAGUAGUGUCCUGCUCUUCAACCUGGCCAUGGCUGACACCUUUUGGCUGCUGGCUCUACCCUUCCUCAUUCACUACCACUUAAACGGUCUCCACUGGGGUCUGGGUGUGUCGCUCUGCAAGACCCUUCGGUUGCUCUACCACAACUACUUCUACCUCAGCAUCUUCUUCGUUUCCUGCGUUAGCGUGGACCGCUAUCUCGCCAUCGUCCACCCUCUGCGCUCUGUGGUGUUACUCGGCCGCCGGCAGACCUGCUUCCUCUGUGCCAUUAUCUGGGCGAUUUCCAUGGUGAUAAGUGUCCCUGUAGCUCACAUGACUUUGCUGCAACAUUGCCCCGGAGACAAUAAUCGUACCGUGUGUACCCUGUAUAUGUUAUUGGACGACACUGAGGAGAGCUUACCCUACUCAAUCUGCUGUACCACCAUCGGCUUCCUCUUACCUCUAAACUCCAUCUGUUACUGUUGCCUCCGCAGCAUCAGGGAGCUCCGCCUCCGCAGCCGCCGGCCAACGGUACACCUCCACCGGAACAAGAGGGGACGUCUCCGUCUGACCCGCGUGUUGACUGCCGUGCUGACCCUCUUUGCCCUGUUCUACCUGCCCUACCACCUGAGCAGGAACGCGGCCAUCGUGAUGCAUGCCAUGUACCUGGGCAGGCCGGCGGUCUGGCAGCCCUUAGAUCUGGUAUUCUGCCUGGAGAUCUGUCUAUGUAGCCUGAAUACCUGUGUCAACCCGCUGUUUACUUGCUUCGUGGGACGGCAGUUUAGAAAGGGCUUCCAGGAUACCUUUGGGUUCGCUGGGCUGCAGCUUUGGAAGAGUCAACGACAGCAAUCAGCGGUGAAUCAUGUGACGUCAGUAACAGGGUUGUUUGAGAGAAAGAGGAACCAGAGGACCAUAGGGCACGAGAGAGAGGGGCAUGGUGGCCAGGGUUUGGCUGCUGUCACUCCACUGUGA